AUUGUUUCCUCACGCAUGGAUCUCGAGUGCAUUGAGUAACCUCUCGCUGGCUCGGACUGCAGCAGUUUCCGUGGGCCCCGGGGCUCUGCACGAGGAGAUCCCAGAGCGGAGACGCACGCGCCUCCGAGGAGACAAACUUUGACAAGUUGUUGCAAAUACCGUGGAUUAUUAUUGCCAUGGGCGUCAGGACCACGUCCAGAAGAUGAAGAACGGACAAGUUAUUGUAGUUAGUAGUGUGUAUCCACUGAGUGGUUUGUUCUAGCGUUUUUUUUUUGUUUGUUUUUUUAAAAAUUUUUAUUUAUUUUUUAUUUUUUUGGUGUGCGUGCGUGCGUGUGUGGUUUUUUUUUUCCUUCCCCUCUGGUCGAGCCACUUGACUGGUGUGCAAAAAUGCCUCAGCUGAACGGAGGCGGCGGGGAUGAUUUGGGCGCAAAUGAUGAAAUGAUCUCUUUCAAAGACGAAGGGGAGCAGGAGGAAAAGAUUUCCGAAAACGUCUCCGCGGAAAGAGACUUGGACGACGUGAAGUCCUCGCUGGUAAACGAGUCGGAAAACAACAGCAGCUCGUCAGAUUCGGAGCAAGCGGAGAGGCGUCCCCAAACCAGAGCGGACUCGGAAAGUUAUGAGAAAGCAAGAGACUACUUUACUGAAGCACUGAGAAGACAGCACGAUGGAGGUUUCUUCAAGAGCCCCCACUACCCCGGCUACCCGUUUCUCAUGAUCCCAGACCUCAGCAACCCAUACUUAUCCAACGGCUCUCUCUCUCCCGGUGCAAGAACAUACCUGCAGAUGAAAUGGCCCCUCUUGGACGUCCCCGGCUCUGCCGGACUCAAAGACUCCCGUUCUCCAACACCGGGCCAUUUAUCGAAUAAAGUUCCUGUGGUGCAGCAUGCCCACCACGUUCAUCCGCUGACACCCCUCAUCACCUACAGCAAUGAACACUUCUCCCCUGGCACGCCACCAUCACACCUCUCUCCGGAAAUACUUGACCCAAAGACAGGUAUUCCUCGGACACCUCACCCAUCAGAACUUUCUCCGUAUUACCCCUUGUCUCCUGGUGCAGUUGGUUCUAUUGCCCACCCGUUAGGCUGGCUCAUGCCACAGCAGGGCCAGCACAUGUACUCCAUCCCUCCUGGGGGAUUCCGUCACCCCUAUCCAGCACUAGCUAUGAAUGCAUCCAUGUCCAGUUUGGUGUCCAGUCGCUUCUCCCCUCACAUGGUGACUCCUCCGCCUCACAGCCUCCACCAGACCGGCAUUCCCCAUCCUGCCAUCGUGUCGCCGGCCAUCAAGCAAGAGCCCAACAGCGACAACACUACUCCAUCGAUGCAUGCCAGGAAAUCUCCCAUCCCUCCCAAGAAAGAAGAGGACAAGAAGCCUCAUAUCAAAAAGCCUCUGAAUGCUUUCAUGUUGUAUAUGAAGGAGAUGAGAGCCAAAGUAGUGGCAGAGUGCACUCUGAAAGAAAGUGCUGCCAUCAACCAGAUCCUUGGAAGACGGUGGCAUUCCCUGUCACGAGAGGAACAAGCCAAAUAUUACGAGCUGGCGAGAAAAGAGAGGCAACUCCACUCUCAGCUCUACCCUGGAUGGUCAGCACGAGAUAACUACGGAAAACGGAAAAAGAGGAAGCGGGACAAUAAACCUGACUCAAAACCAGAAGACUUCUCAAUAAGAAGCAAGAAACAGUGCGUUCAGUACCUGCCCUCCGAGAAGAUGUGCGACAGCCCGGCGUCGUCCCACGGAAGCAUGCUGGAUUCACCCGCCACCCCGUCCGCCGCGCUGGCCUCCCCAGCCGCUCCUGCGGCCACUCACUCCGAGCAGGCCCAGCCUCUGUCGCUCACCACCAAACCGGAGGGGCGCAUGCCCCACCACUUCUCUGUACUCGGAAAAGCUUCGGGAGCCACGUCCUCCUCGUUCUCCUCGUCGUCAUCCGUCUCCCAGCCGACCAUUUCUAUCCCGAUUGGCACUUCGGGUAGCCAGUCGACGACACCCAUCCUGAGCCGGCCGAUCCCCUUCGCGUCUCUGCACCCUUCCAUGCUCUCUCCGCCCUCGUCUUUCCAUCAGGCGGCCCUUCACUCCCACCAUGCCCUCUUCCAGUCACAGCCCUUGUCCUUGGUUACCAAACCAACUGAAUGAAUCUGCAAAAACUUUUUUUUCUACCAUUUAUUAAGCUGUAUAUUGCUUUUCUUUAAGAUAGGUAGUAGAGCCACCUUUUUCUCUCGAUAAAGAAAAGGAAGAAAUAUUAUUGGUCAAUAUUUGACUGUUUCCUUUUCUACAUCUCUCAAUAAAACAAAAUGUAUUUUUUGUAAAGUUCA